AAACGUCGAUGUCCAUUAAUAGGAUGUAUUUGUUUCUUAAUAUUUGCAUUUUUAGGCAUCUUAUGUUUGGGUAUCGGUAUUCUACUUUAUUGUCAAUUUGAUUCAUUAUUUGGCGAUGUCGUUAAAAGACAGAUGGUCAUUAAUGAUGAUAAUGAAUUUUGGUGGUAUGAUCAUUGGCUAAAACCAACUGGUCGUGAAACAUUAACUGUUCAUGUGUUUAAAAUUGAAAACACUGAUGAAUUACGACAAAAUUGGCUAGAAACCUUAUCAUCUGCAUCUGCACCAAAAACAUUGGAUAAUCAGAAGAAAAAAUCAAAAAUAAAUCGAUCAUCAUCAUCAUCAUCAUCACGAACACAAUCACAAUCACAAUCACAAUCAUCAUCUAGAAGUAGAACAAAUCGUAAUUCAAAAUCACAAAAACAGGAAAAAGAUAUUGCUACAGUUGUAAAUCGUUUACAGCCACAGAUACGUGAAAUUGGGCCAUUUGUUUUUCGAAUCGAACGAUUCAAAGAGAAUGUAAUAUUUGCCAAUGAUGAAAAACAUCAGGUUGGCUAUAAUGAACGUGUCCGUUAUCAUUUUGAUCAAUUACUUUCAUUUGAAAAUCUUGAUCAAAAAAUCACAGUGGUUAAUUCAGAGCUUUCGGCAUUAAAUCCAUUCGUAAGAGCAAUAAUGAAAAAAGGAGAAAGUGUUAAAAAAAUAUCCACUGGUUUAAGAAAUGUCAUUGAUCAAAUAUUGAAUUUAUAUGCAAUGAAUAUUUUUGUUGAACGUCCAAUAUGGCGUAUUAUUUUUGGUCCAAAUUUUAAAUUUUAUGAUCAAUAUGGUGAUGAUGAAGAUGAUGAUGACAAUGAACAGGAUGAUGUUGAUAAUGAUGAUCAGGAUGUUGAAACCAUUAUGAAUGAACGUGAAUCUGAUAUGACAUCAUCAAUUAAUGCAAAAUUAUUGUCAACAACAACAACAACAGCCAAUAUGACAAAUAAAUCAAUCAACAACAAUACCAGUAAUGUUUUACAUACAAAAUUUACCGAUGAUGAAACAGUUGUUAAAAUUUUAAGCCUUUAUGAUAAAGCUGAACCAUAUAUAAAACGUCUUGGUGUUGAUAUUGAUCCAUAUGAUCUAUUAAAAGGUGUAUAUCGUUAUGAAAACGAUGCUAAACGUGGUAUAAAAUUGAUCAAAAUGAAAGAAAAUUAUGAGACAAAAAAAUCGAAAAAAAUGAAACUCCAAUCACAAUAUCGUCAAAAUUCAGUUUUUUCAUUUUUCACUAAUGAUUCUGUGGAAAAAUAUGAUAUCAACACUGGUAUCAAUGAUGAAAAGAAUGCUGAAAUCAUUGCAUGGAAUCAACAUAGUUAUGUAGAUGCUUGGUAUGGUCGUCAAUGUAAUCGUAUUAAUGGUACGGAUGGUCGACAAUUUAAUCCGUUUGUACGUGAAUCUCGUAUCUAUCAAUUUAUACCACGUUUAUGUCGCUCUAUACCAUUAACAUUAACGAAUUUGGAUCUCAUUUCAUCACCAUCUGGCAUUAGUCUACGAAGAUUUAGUGAAGCUAGAGAUUUUAUGCAAAGUCCAUUUCGUAACAAAGCAAAUGGUUGUUUUUGUAGAUAUCAAAAUCAACUUAAACGUUGUAAUUAUGAUGGAAUAUUAGAUAUGGCCAAUUGUUAUCAUGGUGCACCGAUUAUAUUAACACGACCACAUUUUAGCGGUACAAUCACAAAAUCGAUUGGCCAAUCAAUAAAAGGUUUAUUGCCUGAUGAUCAAAUCUAUCAAACCUAUCUUGAUAUUGAACCAAUUUCCGGAAUCGUAUUGGAUAAAAUGGAACGAUAUCAAUUGAAUGUACAUUUUCCACCAUUGCCUUUGAAAUUGAAUGCUAAUCGUACAAUACCGGAACAGAUAAUACCAUUAUUAUGGUAUCAAGAACAAUAUGUAGCAUCGCAAGAUUAUCAUAAUCAUUUGAAAUAUUUUUUCAUUUAUCCAAUGAAAUAUCAAGAAUAUGGUGUACUUUCAUUAAUGUCAUUCGGAUUAUUAAUGUUAUUUAUAUCAUUGGUUUGUGUUUGUUUCUGUUGUUGUACACAUAUACCGAUCAAAAAUAAUACUAAACAGCCUGGUGAACAAUUGAAUGAUAUUAAAAAUGGUAAAAUAUUAUUAUCACCAUCAAUUGAACCAUUGGUAAAAAAACCAAUGUAUAAUUCGAUUGUUGCCGAUCAACAACAACUGCAACAACAACAGCUACAGCCACAAAUGUAUGGAAUUAUAUCACGUAUGGAACCAAUAAUGCAUCCAGUACAGAUGGCUAAUAUGAAAAUAAACAAUGCAACGACAAAGUUAUCGAAUAAAAUUCAUAAUAUACAGAAUAAUAUUCGACCAUCGCCAAUGACUGGAGUGAAUUUGAUACCAAACAAUGAUGUUUCCAGUCUAUCCAGUAAUAUCUAUACAAUAAAUAAAGGUAUGGACCGAGAUUUAGCUCAAAGAAUGAUUAAAAUUUUUAGCGAUGAAUUUGACCACGGACAAUCAACAGUGAGUCAAUCAAAAGUCACGACACCUGACAAUAUGAUAACACCUGUGGAUGAUUUGAAUGAUCAAUCAACAGUACCGAAUUCAAUGAUUCCAUCAAAUGCAAGGUUAGAAUCUGGUUCAAGAGAUAGUAUACAACGACAACCAGUAGCGAUGAAUAGGCCACCAUCGAAAUUUACAAGACAAUUUACAAGCAAUAAUUUAACACAACGUGUACCAUCAUCAAUUCAUUCACAUGGACCAUAUUCAUCAUUACCAUCAACACCAGAACAUUAUAGAGGAAUACAAUCACAAGGAUCAAUUCCAAUAUCAAGUCCAUCAAUCGGGACUGUUUAUUCUAGACGAUCAAUGAUUGUAUCGAAUCCAUUACCAUCGCAAUCAUCACGUAAGCAGCAGCAAAAAAAUCUACAAUCAUUAAUUCGUUCUAGUCAAAUUUCAGAAGCUGAUUCGGGAUUUUUUCAAAAACCAGAUUCAUCAUCAUCGGAUAUAUUCAUCAAUCAAACAGAAGAAGAGUUUGACGAUCAAAGUGAUAUGAAACGAUCAUCAAUGACUAUAUCGCCAUCAAAUAAACAACUUCAACAUAUUGAUGAUCUUGGCCAAUCUAAUGAAAAAAAUAAAAAUGAAAAUAAUCAAUUAGAAAAUUAUGGCCAAGAUUUUUAUACUGAUGAUGAUGGACAAAAUGAUGAAUUUCAAGAAACUGAUGGCUUAUCAAAAUUAGCUAAUCGUAUGAAAAAUUUAAUGGAAGAUUCAAUUAUGGAUGAUAAUGAUGAUGAAAAUCAUAAUGAUAGACCAACAUUGGCUGGUGUUUAUCAAUUAAUUAAUUUUGCACGGCCAUCAUGGCCAACUAGAAAUGACAUAUUGGAAGAAAUUAAACAACGUUCAUUGGAAUUGAAAAAUGCAAAAAAAUAA